AUGUCAGAUGAAUUUUUAAAACUCUAUCCCAACACAAGAGUUAUAACUGAUUGUACAGAGUUGUAUAUACAAACACCAUCUUCUUUACUUUUACAAUCACAGCUCUACUCUGCUUACAAGAGUAAUACCACAUUAACGGGACUUGUGAGAAUAUCUCCAAAAGGAGCCAUUAUUUUCGUUUCUAACCUAUACACAGGUGCUAUUUCUGAUAGGGAAAUAACCAGAUGUUCUGGAAUACUUGAUCUUUUAGAGCCUGGUGAUAGUGUCAUGGCAGACAAAGGUUUUGAAAUUGAAGACUUGCUACUGGUGAAAAAUGUAACUUUAAAUCUCCCUCCAUUUUUGCAAAGUAAAAGCCAAUUUGUUAUUCAUGAAGUUAAAGAAACGAAAACUAUUGCCAAGUUACGAAUACACGUAGAGCAAGCAAUACGAAGACUGAAAGAGUUUCAUGUUUUUGAUUCAGAUAUACCUUUAAAUACACUUGGGUCUGUCAAUCAAACAUAUACCAUAGCAUGUUUACAGACAAAUUUUCAAGGUCCACUAAUUACAGAUGAUGAGUAG